GAUGCGAUUUCGCGAGCAGCAGCAGAAGCAGAACAGAAACUGUGGGGGAAGCAGCAAAAAAGCGGUUGGGGUGAGUGUUCUUUAUCUUCUAUAACUACAGGUGAAAAUGGCGACUCAAAUGAGCAAAAAACGAAAGUUCGUAGCUGAUGGGGUGUUCUUUGCUGAGUUGAAUGAGGUCCUUACCAGGGAACUUGCAGAAGAUGGUUACUCUGGUGUUGAAGUUAGGGUUACGCCUAUGCGUACAGAGAUUAUCAUCAGGGCCACCCGUACCCAGAACGUGCUUGGUGAGAAGGGAAGGAGAAUAAGGGAGCUGACAUCUCUUGUUCAGAAGCGAUUCAAGUUCCCUGAAAACAGUGUGGAGCUUUAUGCUGAAAGGGUUAACAACAGAGGGCUCUGUGCCAUUGCCCAGGCUGAAUCUUUGCGAUACAAGCUUCUUGGUGGGCUAGCUGUCCGCAGGGCUUGCUAUGGUGUUCUAAGGUUUGUCAUGGAGAAUGGGGCAAAAGGGUGUGAGGUGAUUGUCAGCGGAAAGCUUAGAGCUCAACGAGCGAAAUCAAUGAAGUUCAAAGAUGGGUAUAUGGUAUCAUCUGGUCAACCCGUGAAAGAGUAUAUCGACUCUGCUGUAAGACACGUGCUUCUAAGACAGGGUGUUCUUGGUAUCAAAGUGAAGAUCAUGCUCGAUUGGGACCCUACCGGAAAGCUUGGCCCGAAGACGCCUUUGCCUGAUAAUGUGAUAAUCCAUAUGCCCAAGGAUGACGUUAUCGCACUCCCACCAAAAGAGGUAGAGGAAUAUAGACCACCACUUGUGAUUACUGAUGAGCCUAUUCCGAUGCCUGUUCCUGUAGUUUAAAACUACUACGGUGAGAGGAUUAGAGUUGUAUGAUCGAGCAGAUACGUAUCUGAAACUUUCGCCAAGAUAAAUUUUCAUUUCGGUCUAACUUUUUUUCGAGUUUGAUGGGAUUAUUAAGACUUGGUUUUUGGCCUACUGUUAGUUUUAUCUAUUAAAAUUUUGUACUGUUCUUCAAACAUGGUUUUGUGUUGAUUCUUUUUGGAGCGCAUGCUCAGCCCCUUUUGUUAUACAAGGCAUAGUUAUUAGC